GGCCCAUCAAAUAUGAAUACCGAAACACAAACAGACAUCGUGAGCUACUGUUUUGACACACAGACUGACUAUAAUGAAGCCUCUCCGAUCCUGAUGGACGGGGUGACUCCAUCGCGGUCACUGAGCCUCCACCAAUUCCGCCAUCUGGUCUGCCGGUUCAUCGCCGGUCUGCACGAACAGAAGAUACAAAGAGGACAAUGUAUCCUGGUACAUUUGGAAAACAACAUUCUGUACCCAGCUCUGUUCCUCGCGAUUGUCGGCGUCGGGGCGGUCUAUAUGGGCUCCAACCCCGGCGGUUCAGCAACCGAACUGGAUCAUCUUCUUUCGCUAGCCAACCCAUCCUUGAUCAUCACCGGCCGCGAGACCCUCUCGACGAUUUUACAAUGUACUAGCUCGAAUGGGAUAUAUAUGGAAGGGGUACCCCCCGACAGGGUAUGGGUGCUGAAUGACAUCGAUCAAGUCUUAUUUGAGGCGUUUUCGUCUUCCCAUGACGCAUCUGAGGCAGACGCAGCAUAUCAUCACCGGCAAGACAUAAUCAACCUCUUACAUAGCGGCCAACGCCCCUGGUUGACCUUUGAUGACGAUGGGGAAAAAGCAAAAACCACCCCAGCAGCCAUGUUCGCAACAAGCGGCACAGGCGGACUCCCCAAAGCAGCCAUCCUAUCGCACCAGGCUCUCAUCCUUCAACAUAAAAGCAUACACUAUCCCGUUCCUUACCCCGUCACCCGACUCCUUGCAUUACCCCUCUUUCAUCGGUAUGGGGCCCUGAUCGCGCACGUCUUUCCCACACGAUACGCCCAGCCAUUGAUCCUCCUCCCUGGGUUUCAACUCCGGCCAUUUCUAUCCGCUAUUCGUUCUCACGAUGUAACCGAGACCUAUCUCUCGCCGGCGAUGGUGCAUAUCCUGAUUCAGACGUCCCUUUCAUCAUCGUAUGUCCACGAGUGUCUACGCUCUCUGCGGUAUGUCGGUGUCGGAGGCGCCCCUAUCGACUCCGGACCCCUCCAAUCCUUACAUGAUAUGUUACACCCCGAGGCAUGUGUCGCGCAGGCGUGGGGGAUGACCGAGACGGCGACCGUCCUCCAAGUUCGAUACUGUCUUCCUUCUAGUCAGUUUGAUAAAGGAAGUGUCGGUGUUGUCCUGCCGGGAUAUGAGGUGCGGUUGGUUGAUUUGAGUGGUUCGGGUCGGGUACUCGACAAUAACACGGAGAUUCCCGGGGAAUUGCAGGUUCGUGGCUCGGGGCUGUUCACCGGCUACAAAGGCUGUCCUGAUCCCAAGGAUGAGAAUGGCUGGUUUCCUACCGGGGAUGUCUUGUAUCAGAUGAAUGGCCAUUACUUCCUUGUCGGGAGGAUAAAGGAAUUGAUUAAAGUUCGGGGAUACCAGGUAUCCCCCGUUGAGCUCGAAGCUCAACUCGUGCAACAUUCCCUCGUCAAGGAUGCUGCUGUGAUUGGGGUAAUGGCUUCUGAUGGAAGCACUGAGCUUCCUCGUGCGUAUGUCGUUCCCGUCUCUUGGACAACGAGACCAUCUCCCGAGGAUAUUUCCGUGUUCAUGCGGCAGCGACUGGUUGGGUAUAAGAUGUUAGAGGGGGGUGUGGUUUUUGUGGAUUCGAUCCCGCGUACCUCUGGGGGAAAGAUCCGCAGAACUAGACUCUCGGAAUUGGAUGUUCGAAGGGAUAAGUUGAUGGCUCUUUUGUCUUGAUUAUAUGGAUAACCAUAUGAUUCAGCACAAAAAUGAUAUAGUAAUGGGUUAACGCCACGCUUGCUAAGCUGUGUUCUUGUCAUGACACGCACCAACAGACGUAAAAUGGAAAGCAUUAUUUCCGAAAUUCUGUCCUACUGACAGAAACAACCACUUCACUUGACCCGAUCGUCCGGACAAUUCCAGUUGGCUGCGCGAGUGAGUACAUAUAAUAUCGUGAAAGGAAAAAGAAAAAAGAAAAA